AUGUUUCCAAGAAGUUCUUUUGAUUUUCGAAUAAUAAAUCAUACAACGACAGCGCCCAUAAAUUUAUUCAAAUCAUUGCGAAUGAACAAAGAGAGAUGUUAUCUUUGUCAUCUUAAUUCUUUCUACUCUGACCCUGAUUUGGAUGGUUCAGCCACAAGAGAAUUCAAAGAAGAUUGGAGUACCUACUCCAAGCCUCCAAUUAAUCCUUUAAUUUCAAGAAGAACUUUGGAAGGUUCAGAAAAUUUUCCUAUUAAACUUCCUUGUUUUCCUUUUUGGAAAAAGAGGCAAAGUCAACGUUCGGAUAAUUUCUACCGAAAUUCUCUUAAGAACAACAUUGUGACAACAGAUGCGGUCGGAAUUGUUGGUUGA